CCGCCGCAAGGUGCGCGCUGCUGCCGUGCUCGCCCGUCCCGGCGCGCCGCUUGCCACGGCCGCCCCGCGCACGGCUGCCCGGUGCGCGCCGCCGCCUCGCCCGCCGGGCCAUGGACUCGGACGCCAGCCUGGUUUCCAGCCGCCCGUCCUCCCCGGAGCCCGAUGACCUCUUCCUCACGGCCAGGAAUAAAGGCAGCGGCGGGGGCUUCACGGGCGGCACCGUGUCCAGCUCCACGCAGAGCGACUCCCCGCCGGAGCUGAGCGCCGAGCUGCGCAGCGCCAUGAGCGCUGCGGGGGUGGUGGUGGUGGACAAGCUGGGCUUCAAGUCCUCGUCGUCGUCCUCCUCCUCGUCCUCCUCUUCCUCCUCCAAGAAGGACAAGAAGCAGAUGACGGAGCCGGAGCUGCAGCAGCUGCGGCUGAAGAUCAACAGCCGGGAGCGCAAGCGGAUGCACGACCUGAACAUCGCCAUGGACGGGCUGCGGGAGGUGAUGCCCUACGCGCACGGCCCGUCGGUGCGCAAGCUCUCCAAGAUCGCCACGCUCCUGCUGGCGCGCAACUACAUCCUCAUGCUCACCAACUCCCUGGAGGAGAUGAAGCGCCUGGUCAGCGAGAUCUACGGCGGCCACCACGCCGGCUUCCACCCCGCCGCCUGCCCCGGCGGCAUGGGCGCGCACUCGGCGCCGCUGCCCGGCCACCCGGGCCACCCGGCCUCGCACCCCGUGCACCACCCCAUCCUGCCCCCCGCCGCCGUCUCCAGCGCCUCCCUGCCCGGCUCCGGCCUCUCGGCCGUCAGCUCCAUCCGGCCCCCGCACGGGCUCCUCAAGUCGCCCUCGGCCGCCGCCGCCGCCGCCGCCGCCGCCGCCCCGCUGGGCAGCAGCUUCCAGCACUGGGGGGGGAUGCCGUGCCCCUGCAGCAUGUGCCAGGUGUCGGCCCCGCCGCACCACCACGUCUCCGGCAUGGGCACCGCCAGCCUGCCCAGAUUAGCCACCGACACCAAAUGAGCCCCUCGGCGGGGCGGCCCCGCCGCGCUCCCGGCACCUCCAGGACCUACAAACGCUCCCCCGCCGGCGGCAGCGGGACCGCCCCGCUCCGCUCCCGGGGCCGCCGGAGGGGCGGCGGGGGGGGAUGGAGCCCGGCCCGGGGUCUGCCCUGCACCCCGAACGCCGGGAGAAACCCCCCGGCACGAGUAAAGCCCCGCGCACCUCCUGUAUUUUUAAUUUUCCGACGCUGCCGAGGACUCCGGAGGAGGGGAGGGCGGCGGUGCCUGGGCUCGCCGCUAACGGAGGAACCAGAACUGCAGAGGGGCUUUGGCUCGUUCCUUCGUUCGCUCCCUCCCCUCUCCCGGACUCGUUUCUACGCGCAGAGCCUUCCGAGCCGCUCCUGGCUCGCAUCCCCCCGGACAGCCCAUCCCGGGGGGCUCCGGGGCCGCCAGGAGCGGCGGCGCUCCGCGGGGAGCUGCAGCCGGGAAGGUCGGGCUCUUCCCCGCUCUCCGCGCUCCCGGCCCGCCGGGGGCUGUGUCGGUUUUCUCUCCGGUGCGGGAUUUGUAAAUAGACCGAAAACGACGCGAGUCCGCUCUGCCUGAGCUUUCCGUCCGUGCACUUGUUCUGUGUCAGCCUCAUGAGUGAAAAAGGGGUCGGUUUGCCUUGAUUUCCUUCCUUUGGGUUCUUGGGGUUUGUUGGGUUCUUUUAAGCGUAUAACACGUUUGUUUCGGUUUUUUUUUUUUUUUUUUUUUGUUUUUUUUUUUUUGUUUUUUUUUUUUUUUACGUUCCUGCCGCCUUUAACAAAGUUUGAACUCUUUAACGCUCUUUCUUGCGUAGGAACUUUCACCCUGUCCGUGUUGCAAUACUGAGAACUUGGGCUUGUUUCUGAAAUAACAAUUUUUCUUAUCGCUGCCCCUUGCAGAGAUUUUAUCAUCUGUUUAUUUUUGUAAAAAAAAAAAAAAAAAAAAACAAAAAAGAAAAAGAAAAAAAAAGUUGCUAAAUAAUAUUUAUUACUUGU